CUGUGCGCUGCGCUUUUCCUGUGCUCGUUUGGCAAAAUGUCUGCUGCUGUUGCACCUGCUGCACCUAAAGCCAAGAAGGUUGUGAAGAAGGCUCCAUCUGCCCAUCCUCCUUACUUUGACAUGGUCAAGCAUGCAAUCAAGGAAUUGAAAGAAAGGAACGGAUCGAGCCGACAAGCAAUUGCCAAGUACGUGAAAGCUCACUACAAAGUGGAUGACAAAGCCGACAACCACAUCCGUCGGGCUUUGGUUAGUGCUUUGAAGGCGGGCAAAUUAACACACACGAAGGGUAUCGGAGCUUCUGGUUCCUUCAAAUUGGCCGAGAAGGCUCCGAAGACUGCUGCUAAGCCUAAGGCCGCGAAGAAACCCAAGACCCCGAAGAAGGCCGCGGCGAAGAAACCGAAAACUCCCAAGCCCGCAGCGGCGAAGAAACCCAAAGCAACUAAACCAAAGGCCCAUAAGCCAAAGAAGGCGAAGACACCAAAGAAAGCUGCAAAGGUUCCUCUCAGAGGUCAUAGACGUGAACGAAGUUUGAACGUCGCCCCGGGGGGAUCAGUUGCCACACUGGUCUCCAGACGAUCUCCUUGGAUGGAACGAGAGCAUUUCGAACACCCCCCAGCACCACCCCCUCUAACCAGAAGCUUAGUGGACCUUGGAGGUUGUCAGCUGGGCGUCGGCAUGAACAUCGAUCAUAAUUCAGUUCGAAGCGGUAGUCGAACGCAGCUGCAACCUCCAAGGUUUUCCACGGCACGGGACACGCUCGUGCAAACAGGCUUAUCGAAUCAAAGCAUCCAUUCAUCGGAUGACACUAGCCAAUCUAGUCACAUUUAUCAGAACCAAAACCGACAACUCGAAGGAAUCGGUCAUCGAACAAAAGUAGAGGAGUGCGUUCGGUCAAGGCUACGCCGACAACUGCCGGACGAAAUACUUUUACGACGUCCACUACCUUGUUACAACGGUACCCACAAGUGUGUCUAUGAACUUUUCACCUUUAUUUCCACUCUUCUUCAGCAACGAAAGAGAAAUCAACCCGCAAGUGAUACAGGCAUGAACAGGGGAUCUUUGUCGCCACCUUCAGAGGAGUAUGAUGACUACGGUGACUUUGAAUAG